AUGUUCUCGGUCCUCUCUUAUGGCAGACUGGUGGCCCGCGCCGUCCUGGGGGGGCUCUCUCAGACCGACUCCCGCGACUACAGCCUGGUGACGGCACGCUGUGGCUUCGGCAAGGACUUCCGCAAGGGCAUUCAGAAGAAGGGCUGUGCGUACGGCGAUGAUGCCUGCUUCGUGGCCCGACACACGCCUCCGCGACGUCCUGGGGGUGGUAGAGAACUGGGCAGAAUGGGGCCUUCUAAAGACUGUGCGCAAGGCAAGCUCAAGGCAGCAGCCCUUGGUGCUAUACGCCAGCUGUUGGCCUUGCUUUCCAACAUACAUAGCGGUCGUCCCACACGGUUCAGCGUGUUGCCGUUUGCUCACUCGGAGGUUGCUCCUGUGUCUAAAGCGCAUUACGUUGAUGGGGUAGCAGAUGGCGUUGGUGGCUGGCGGGACUAUGGUGUUGACCCUUCUCAGUUCUCAGGGACUCUCAUGCGCACUUGUGAACGCUUGGUAAAAGAAGGACGGUUUGUACCAAGCAAUCCUGUUGGGAUUCUUACCACAAGCUACUGUGAGCUGCUGCAGAACAAAGUACCUUUGCUUGGGAGCAGCACAGCUUGCAUUGUAGUUCUAGAUCGAACAAGUCAUCGUCUACACACAGCAAACUUGGGGGAUUCAGGAUUUUUAGUAGUCAGAGGUGGAGAAGUAGUGCACCGAUCGGAUGAACAACAACACUACUUCAACACUCCGUUUCAACUGUCAAUAGCCCCACCAGAAGCUGAAGGAGUUGUCUUCAGUGACAGCCCAGAUGCAGCAGACAGUACUACCUUUGAUGUCCAGCUGGGAGAUAUCAUUCUGACAGCCACAGAUGGGCUCUUUGACAACAUGCCUGACUAUAUGAUCCUCCAGGAGCUAAAGAAACUAAAGAAUUCAAAUUAUGAAAGCAUACAACAGACAGCAAGAAGUAUUGCUGAGCAAGCUCAUGAACUGGCAUAUGAUCCAAAUUACAUGUCUCCCUUUGCACAGUUUGCAUGUGACAAUGGACUGAAUGUAAGAGGUGGAAAACCAGAUGACAUCACCGUCCUCCUUUCAAUAGUAGCUGAAUAUACAGACUGAUGGGCUGAAAGCAUCAGCUGUUGAUGACUUGCGUGUUUCCUACCGUUCCAGCUUCAUACAUACUGUUUCCUGCUGGCAGGAUGUCUUUCUCUGCAGCUGAACUCAGUGGCUAUUAUGUGUUCCAUCCAUUGCCUGUUUUAAGAUGCAGUCAAGAUCUCCAUCAAAACCGACUACUAGAAUACACUGGGGUACAUCUGCCAGCAAGAAAUGAAAAUUUCAAUACUUGAAGCUUGUCUUUUCAAAGUUCAGUAGUAAUUAUUGUGUAGUAGUGGGGAAGGGAGGGGGAUAAUCAUGGUUAUGGCGCUGAAGAAAGUGAGCAGCAAAUAAGUAGAAAUUGGCGGUCAUUCAAAACUAGAUAUGUUGUUUAACAUCGACAAGGAGAACCUCCAUGAGGGCACAGUUACCUUGCUGUAGAAAAUGCCCAUUUUUAAUCUCCAAAAGGUCACAAAGCAUUGUGUAACGAGCAUGGUAUGUUUAAAUUAUAUUUGAGGCUUGUUUUUAUAUGAAUUCUUCAGAGGCAGUUGAGUGCACUGAGCCUCUUGGUAUAUGUGGUGUUAGCCCAGGAACUUUGUCUGUUACUGAAUUUUGAAUCACAGAUUUAGUUUGUGAAAUGUGUUGUGUAUGUGAGUGAGUGAAUGAGUGUGUGUAUGAGUAUGUGAGUGUCUGUAAGAGAAUAGUGAGAGUAGAAAGGUGCUUAACUGUUAUCAUACAGCUGGAUGUUUGGCAUAUCAUUUAUUCACAUGGGGCUCUCUGCUAGCUGGAUUUUUCCUUUGAGAAAAUAACUUUCUAAAGCUCUUUCUAUUGUAGUGAAGUCUGAAGAAGCCAGGGUGCUGAGAAUUUGGGAUGGCAUGUGUGCAAAGUAUCCUGAUCUGGCUUUAUAUGUUGCAGUAGCUAUGAAUGGUGGGAUACAUUUAGGUGAUGGGUCCUUGGCUCUGAAUCUUUCUGAGUUUAAGGAAUGUUUUAGUGUCUUUAAAACAUGCCUCUGCUUGUACUCUUGCAACAAGAGUAACUGCACAUGUGCAAAAAAAAACCCCACACAUGAAUGAGCAGCAUUGACAUUGUAGUAGUCGGUAUAUAGGAUUUCCAGAAUGAACUUCAAUGUUGUUUACAGGUAUCUUAUAGCCAUUUUGCAAUAUGACAUUUGUUUUCAUUUACAUUCAGUCCAGUUUCUUCAGUAGCUACAACCUUCCCUCCUCUUUUUUUAAAAAAAACAUCAUGUAAAAACAGAUAGCUGUAAAGAUAUAUAUAUUUUGGUCAGUUUUUCAUAACUUUUUUGCUGGUAGAAAAGUACUUAGAAAUGAAAAGCCAUGUUUUAUAUAGCAGUUGGUUAAUGUUGAUGUUUAGAUGAUGAGCUUGGCCAGUAAAGAAAUCUUAAUCUUUUUUAAAAACAUGAAAAGGGGGAUUUACUGCCAGGUUUAUUGUAUUAAAACUGUACGUUUGAGGUUACCUCAGCCUGUUUUAAAUAUUUUUUGUGGUUGUACUGUAUAUUUGCAUAAUUGUGUCAAGCUUUUAUUUAUAAUUAUGUAACAUGUACCAUGUACAUGUCACUAUUUCAAUGCAUCCUUCUUCUAACAGUCAUUUCAUUUACCAUGAGAAUGGGCGAAAUAAUUUGGAAGCUCGUUGAUCUACCUUUUUUAAAAUUGGCAUGAUGAUUUUUCUUAAAUCACCUUUAAUUAUUUUUUUGUCAGAAUGCCUUAACCAUUUAGCUUGACAAAUUUUUUUGGGCAUGGAUACAGGGUGGAAUAAAAUAAAAUGAAGAAAAUCAUAGUGCUAUGAUUCAAAGAUGUGGCAAACAGUAACUUUGCACAAACCAUUUCAAUCCCUUGUACUACUUACCACUGAACAAAUUGUACCUGUGUAUGUUCAAUUAGAAGGAAUGUAUAAAUGCUGCAGUACCGAUAUUUUUGUUUCUGCUUUGCCAGAGGAGCAGUUGCCCUUCAUUUGAAUUUAUUUUGCAUUUUUCAUUUGCCAAUGUUCACUGUUGCAGUUCCUCCUCAUUAGAAUAAGCACUGUUGAGUUUUACUGACUGCACCUUCCAGUUGCCGCCCCAUCUCUUUGGCUUUGGCCUGCCCCUGAAUUGGUGCCUCGGUAGAGCAGGACAGUCUCCCUGCUGCUUCAGAAUCUCUUCCAGCCUUGCUGUGGGUGCCCAUCCAUUGAACAGGUGCAGAGCGGACGGUGCUUCUUUGGCAUCCUCCAGUGGUCAUGGCCUCUAGCUUUUUGCCCUGUGUAGUGUCAGGGAUCUUGAAUCCUACCCCCAAGUAGUUGAACUGGAACACUUGGUGGGGUUCACUUUAUUGGCCUUGCUUUGCCUACAGCGCUUUCUAGUUGAGCAGUCUGUAUAAAGCCAUUUGUCUCUUACAUUUUUUAUGAUGAUCAAAUUGAGUUUUUAAACUUGCAGAUACUUCAGUCCCCCUUCCCAUCACUGGACACCAAAGACCAGUACAGUUUAUAGCUUUUUGCCAUCUAUUUUUUAAAGCAAUACUGUAUUAUAAAGAAUUACUAUUUCUAUGGCACGCUUGAUUUUUUUUCCAUAUUAAGAUGUGCACUCAAACAUAAAACCUAAUUUCUUCCUAUGAACUUAAGCUGUCUGCGCACAAAUUUUUUUACAAAAGAAGGCAAGACUUAAAAACCCUUUUAUCAGUACUCAAAAGCAGUAGCAUGUUUCCUAGGAACUUGACUGGUGUUCUGAUUUGGUAUAGAGAAGGCAUUCCAUUUUGUGUUCUCUUAAAUUGGGGAAAAACGGAAGUGGAAGCUGAAGAGAAAUCAAAUAUCAGAAUUGCUUUAUAGAGAAUCUGGAAGAACCAACUUUGCAUGGCAUUAACCUGCUUUACCUAGUAAAGCAUAGCAGCUGUAUGAUUUGCCUGCUGGUAAUGUCUGCAGUUGGGUUACUACAUAUGAGGUAGAUUACUAUGAUGAUAUCCAUAUUAAUGAAGGAGCUUGAAGUCCAUGGUUCCUUAUUAUUUUAACUGUCAUUGGGAGAACGGAAACAUCCUGCAUUGGGUUCAAACUUGCACUGAAUGGCACACCAUAAACCAAAUGACCCUGCAGGUUCCCUCCCUUGUUGCCCUUGAGGGUUGGGAACUUUCCAGAUCAGUGGGUGAGAUGGUGCUCCAGGGGCAAAAUGCAAUCUGCAGAGACUGCUGUCAUGCCCUGCCCUUUCCCUCCAGUGGAGAGCCUUUGCUGGAUGCCAGUUCCUCCUGCAAAUUGAAGGGGCUCUUCUGUUUCUGGAGGGGUAGCUCUGGAUCCAAGCCCCUGUUUCCCUCCAAAAGUUGUGAUUUCUGCAACAAAUAAUAAGAUAGGAAAAAGCACCCUCAAUCACAGAAUGCUCCAGUGAAAAGAAAGACACUGUGAUUGGAAUUGCUACUUGGGUAGUGGGUUGCUUUUUCCAUAGGAAAUUGGAUUAAAGGUAGACAUGGAUUUUUUUUUUAUCUGGCAAAGAUAGCUGAUCUAAUGAGGAUGCUUUUUUCUUGUUAAAUGAGACUAUCAUUACCUGUGCUUACCUAAAAGGCAAUUAUGUGAAUUGGAUGUCUGAAGUAUAAUUUGUGCAAGAAUAGUAUCUGUAAAUACAUUUAAAUGAACUAAAGAUAUUUAAUAAAUAUAGUAUUUAUACAAUA